GGGACUCAAGAGGGCGUUAGUGUAAUGGAAUCUAUUGAGGUUCGAAUCCCUGAUACGCCCGUAAAGAAGACUCAUAGACAGCUUUAUGGGAAUUCUAUGCUCUCUGCCUCUACAAGUGCUUUAGAGGAUGAAAACAACAAAGAGAAGGCAGAGUACUCGUCUGUGAUGGAUGUGGAUAAGAAGGAAGAGGAUUGUAUUGGACUGACGAACACGAAUAUGGAUUCAAUUGGUCCCCUCGAUUUGAACAAGGAGCCUGUUGAGGAGGAGUGGGACACUGAGGAUCAGUUUGCCAAUGGUUUUACGGCAGCAUUGUUGCAAAGAGAAGAUUCAUCAAGGGAGGAUGAGGAAGCGCUUGCUUUUAAUCUUGUAAGUUCUCAGUCAUCUUCCGACACCGUAAUCCUUGAAAGUAGCAGUCGUUGUGGUUUUGGCAGCAUUGAGGGUUCUUUCAUGCCAGUACUUUCGCAACCUGAAUCCAUGUCACAAUAUAAUUUGAAGACUCAGGAAUUGGUUGACGGCAUUUACAGUACAAAUAAUAUUGAUAUCCUAAAAAGAAAACUACAUGAUGCUACACUUCAAAGUCCACGAAAGAGACUCAAGAGGCUGAAGAAAAAAGUUUACCGACCAAAAGUGGUACUAAAUCUAGGAAGACCUGUACCUAGAAUGGAACCGAAGACUCCCACCAAAAACAAUAAAAGGUUGAAGCUCAAGACGCCAAAAAAGAAGAAAAAUGUGUCAUUGAAUGAGAGUUCAAGUACAAUCGAUCUCAAUCAUGUCCCAUUUACUUUAGAUCCGGAGGAAACUGUAUCAGAGAAAGAAUCUUCAAGCAUUGACAUAGAAAAACACUCUGAAGAUGGAACCCGUAUUAUAUCAGAGAAGGCAGUGGAGUGUUGCAUCACAAAAUGCGUUGGUGAUUCUCAUAUGGGAAUAUAUUUUGUGAGGAAGAAAAAGAGGACGACAAUGGGAAAGAAAUGGGAACUGAAAGAUUAUAGUAGAAUAAUGGAACCAAAUCUUCGACAGAUACAAAAGAAAAAAAGGAUGGGCAGAAGGAGAACGGAAGUAGAGAGGUGGCAGAAGAUAGCUACCAAGUUUCAGGCAAACUAUCUUAAACGGAGAUAUAAUAAAAAGAGAAGAGCUGCCCUCGAAAUCAGUCAAAAGGAAUUGCGGAACAUUUUUGACACCGAAAAGCAGUUGUCUCCAUGUUUCAUCACCCAAUCUGGAGGUUUGAACAUUGAAGAAAGCUUAACCGGAAUAGUAAGCCUACUGGAAAGUGAUAGUUUUGAGUUGUUCGUCGAAUCAAUAGAUAUAUUUGAAGAGAAUACAAGUCAUGAAAGCAACCAUGGGAUACUAGUUUGUUACCAAAAAAAUGAGAAACACGGUCAUCAUGUUGAGCUCGGUAUCGUAGCUCAUGGAAACGGUGAACUUGGUGUGGUAGCUACGACAAAGAGAAAAGGAAGGAGACAAGAAAAGCUUGAGAAAUUAGAACACGGUGAACUUGCUCAUCCAUGGAAGCUUCAAUUGCAAAAUGGAGUUAAGGAGGGGGAAAAACACGAUGAGGAGCAUUCUGGAUUUUGGGAGAAGGAGAGAGAUUUUUUUCGUGGUCGGAUUGACUUAUUUCUGACUCGUUUGCGUAUAGUUCAAGGAAAUAGAACAUUUUCAGAAUGGGAUGGAUCAGUUAUAGAUUCGAUAGUUGGAGUUUUUUUGACACAGAACGUAUCAGAUCAUCUCUCCAGUUCUGCGUUUAUUUCACUAGCUGCAGCUUUCCCAUGUCAGCCAAGUUGUGAGCAAUCAAAAAUUGUUCAAAUUGAGGAGUACGUAGAGGAUGAGAUUUCAAAGCUAAGCUGUGAGCCAUCAAAUGACCAAACAUAUGGUGAAAAUAUAAAUACUACCAGCUCUACAUCGGUUGGAAGUGACUUGGUAUUUGAUAAAGAGUUGUUCACAAAAGAAGCCACAACUACAAUGGAGUGCGAAAAUCAAAAGAUAAGUGAUUCAGAGAUGGUGUUAUCUUCUAGAUGUGAAAUAGGAGAUUAUGGAAGAUCAAAUCAAGAAGACAUGCCAUUUGAUAAAUCUGAGUGCUCAUCAGGUGCUAUUAUAACUAACAACUCGCAGUCUUACUUCAAUGAACUAAAACAAAAAGGAAGGAAGUUGAAGGCGGAUGGACUUGAUUGGGAUUAUUAUAAGAGAGGAAUAGAGAGUGAGCUUGGGAAAAAAAGACAGAUUGAGCACAUGGAUUCAAUAAACUGGCAGGCUGUUAGACAAGCAGAUGUUGAAGACAUUGCUGAAGCCAUCAAGGGACGUGGACAACAUCGUAUCAUCGCAGGACGAAUAAAGAAAUUCCUUAAUGAAGUGAAUCAAGAUCAUAAAGAAAUAAACCUUGAGUGGCUAAGAUGGGCUCCGGCAGAACUAGUAAGGACAUACUUGACUAAUAUUGAAGGAAUAGGCUUGAAAAGUGUUGAGUGUGUGCGCCUUUUAGCACUCAAGCAAAUAGCGUUCCCGGUGGACGUUAAUGUCGGCAGGAUAGCUAUUCGUUUAGGGUGGGUUCCUAUGCAACCACUACCUGAAGAUGUUCAGAUACACGUAUUAGAAGAGAUGCCGGUUAUGGACAAUAUUCAAAAGUACCUUUGGCCAAGGCUAACGAAUUUGACGCACGAAGAAUUGUAUGAACUACAUUAUCAUUUGAUAACUUUUGGAAAGGUGUAUUGUACCAAACGUAAGCCUAAUUGUCGCUCAUGUCCGAUGAAGAACGAGUGCAAGUAUUAUCUCAGCGCAUACGCCAGUGCUAAACAUGCUGCAUUACCAAAGUCAACGAAGAAAGAAAGACAAAAGAAAAGGGAUGAACAUCAUGAAGUUGUUUGCAGUAAUCAUCUUUCUGAUGGAGACGAGCCACUAAAUCCAGCAUCGCAGUCAUAUCUUGAGUAUACUACCAAAUUAGAAUAUAAAAUGAACGGAUGUGAACCGAUAAUUGAAGAACCAGCAUCACCUGGAAGGUCAUCAUCAGAACCAGAAUAUGUGGAAAGAGACAUUGAAGAUUUAUUCCUUGACAAUCCAUUAAAUGAGUCUGUAACAAGAAGUCCAUAUAUGAAUGCUUUUCGAGGAACUGAUAUUUCAUCACUAGUUCCCUUUCUGACCCAUGAAGAAGCUUUCUCAAUCCCUCCUCGCAGACUAAAGGAAGUAGAGCGUUUGAGGACAAGACAUUCGGUAUACGAGAUCAAAGAUGGAAGCACUUUGUUCAAAGAGCUUAAACUAGAGAGACUACACCCUAAUGAUGUUAGUCCUUAUCUUUUUGCGAUGUGCACACCAGUAUCUCAACCACAUGAAGACAGAAGCAGUUGCAAAGGGUCUAAAGAUUCAUCGUGUGACGGUGAGAAGACAUGUUUUUCCUGUUGUAGUCUCUCAACACAAGAUAAUACUGAUAUGGUUCAAGGAACGAUUUUGAUACCUUGUAGAACAGCAACGAGGGGCAGUUUUCCUCUAAAUGGUACAUAUUUCCAAUUUAAUGAGGUUUUCGCGGAUCAUGAAUCCAGCAUAAACCCCAUUAAAGUUCAGAGAGAUAUGUUAUGGAAACAAACAAGAAGAGAUGUGUACUUUGGAACCUCAGCAAGUCCAAUUCUCAAAGGUUUAUCAACGUUUGAAGUUUAUGAGUGUUUUGAUAAAGGUUUUAUUUGUGUGAGAGCAUUCAAUCGAAGAACACGUAGGCCUGAGCCUCUUCAUGAAAGGUUUCAUAUUUCAACUGUCAAAACAACAAAGAAAGGGAAGAAGAAAUCAGAAGAACAGGAGGAGGAUGACUAA